AUGCUGGGUCUAGGUAAAAAGGAAAAGACACCGAUUGCUGAACCGGUGGCCGAACAGCCCCCCCCGCGGCAUGACACUAUCGAUUCGGUAGCUUCAACAAAUGCAGUUCCAACUGAGAAGGGUGAUAUCGGUGCAUUGUUUGUAGAGAGACUACAAGCCUGGAAACAUGCUGUCGGAUACCUAGAGGCAUAUGUCGAAUCUACAGAAAAGGUCCACAAGGAGCUUGCAAAGGAAUACGAAAAGGUGUUGAAGACCGUCUCUGAGCCGUUGAGGGAGGGAAGGCAUUUCGACCAAGAGGUUGGAGGUGUUGCUAGCUUUUUCGAAAACAUCCGCACAAACACCCAGGCGAUAUCCCACUCUCAUACCGAAACUGAAAAGGCUCUAAAGCUUGCAGUACUCCCAAUAUUAGAAGGACUUCACCGCGAAAUCAAAGAAAGGGCCAAAGUAAUACGUGCUGCCGCUGAUAAGGGCUUAAAGGCUGUCUCAAAAGCGCGAAAUCACACUCAAAACCACAUUGAGCUUCUUGGGCAACAUGCCUCUUCUUUUGACUCUGUUGGCUCUCACGCGCAACCUGCUAGUGGAGGGAUGCAUAUCCAUAUCCCGGGAACCCACAGCCAUAAUUCCAGUGGUAAACCGAAACCUGACAGCGAUCCCUAUGUCCUUAAGAGAGGUAUUCUGUACAGGCUGCAUAAGCAGGUUCUUGAAGAAAAUGCCAAUCGCCAAGAGCUCCUCUCUAUACAAAACACCAUGCAGCAGUUCGAGUCCCAUAUUCUACAAACUAUCCAACAGGCCAUGGCAGAAUUUUAUAAGCAUGUUGGGAAUCAAGCAGAUAAACAAAAGGCGCUAUACGGUGAUAUAGUUGGAGUUGCCCAGAAACUUCCGUUAGACUUUGAAUGGAACGGUUUUAUGAAAAGGGAGAGUGAUGUUCUGAUAGAUCCUAAUGUCCCGUCCAGAUCAGUAGAUCAGAUUCAAUAUCCCAAUAUGGAUCACAAGAGUACCAAGGCGUUGAUAGAAGGACCCUUACAGAGGAAGGGAAAGAUUAUGAGAAGCUACAGCACUGGUUACUAUGUGGUCACUCCGAGCAAGUAUCUACAUGAGUUUAAGGACAACGAUAACUUCAGCAAGGAGCCGGAACCGGAGACAAGUCUUUAUUUACCUGAUUGCACCGUUGGCGCUUUGUCUAAAGAACCCAAUGGAAAAUUCAUCAUCUCUGGAAAGGAAAUCGGUGGAGCUUUAAAGGGAUUUACCAAGCAUGACUUUGCUUUCAAAGCUACCUCACACGCCGAGGCCGCCAAAUGGCAUGAAAUUAUUUCUCAAUGCGCUGGUCUAACAACUAAUGAGACACCGAUUACGAGCCCUGCCUCACCCACCGCUGUAGGCGCGACUGACGAAAUGACCGGUAUGCCACCACCAACUUAUUCUCGCACAAGCUCGCAAGAAACAGGUACCACAAAAACAACAGACUUGCCUGUCAUGACUGGGGCUGGUGUUGAGUCUGGCAAUGGAGCUGGAUCUGCUGCCGCAGAUGUACCAAUCGCUCCGGUAGUUGCAAAAUCUUGA